UGCCGGGUUAACUCGAGCCAACCUUGUUGCCUGUUUCGAAGCAGACAACGAAAGAGACGGCAAGAAACGGCAAUAUCUAACGUCGAAAUCACACCUAACGCUCUCCGUUAACCCCAGCCACACGCAUUCCAAUGCCCAUUCAUCCAAAUUCGAAACGUACAACGACGUUAGAAAACGGCAUUCCACCGUUUACCGUCAAAUGGUCCGUCACGUUAACCCCCUGAGGCCAUGACCUCCCCUCAUCCUCCGGUUAAAUCCGAACCAGAGUUAAAUUAGCGUUACACACACGAUAAAAACGAAGAAAGGGUAGAAAGAAUCGGUGUUAAAAGGCAGACAACAAACAAGGUCGCGUAAUAUAGGACGCGCGAAGCGGUUUUAAGGGAAUUCUCUGUAACGGCGUUUUCUUUCCAGAUAGACGUAGAGAGAUUGAGAGAUUAGAAAGCUGAAGCGAAAAGCCGUUUUGCGAGGUGAAGCAAGGCGGUUUUGUAACGGUUAAAGCGGUUUUCAGUUACGGUAUUUGGAUCUCGCGAUCUUUACGGAGAGGCAAAGAGGGGGAGAAGAAAAAAGUGUGUAGAAAGUGUAGUUUUUCUGGAAUCGAAGAGUCGAGCAGUUAAAUCGUGUUAAUUAUCUUUGUUAAUAAUCGUAAUUAUUUGGUUUUAUUAUGGUCCUUAAAUGUAUAUAAUAAGGUAUAUCCAUUCAAGGAUUAGAGCUGUUCGGAGGAUUUAAUUUGUUUUUGGAGGUUUUUGAACAUUGCUGCUGCUUGUUAUUGACUUGGAGAUUAGAGAGAGUUCAAUGUUGGCGAAUCGUGGAGGGUCGUUUUCGCAGACAAAUAAUGUCUCCUCUGAGGGAAAUGGAGGAGAUGAUCUAUAUAUGGAGUUAUGGAAGUUAUGUGCGGGACCACUUGUUGAGGUUCCUCGAGCUAAAGAGAGAGUCUAUUAUUUUCCUCAAGGACAUAUGGAACAGUUGGAAGCGUCCACGAAUCAGGAGUUGAAUCAGAGGAUUCCGUUGUUUAAUCUUCCAUCGAAGAUUCUUUGCCGUGUUCUUCACAUUCAGUUGCUGGCUGAACAAGAAACAGAUGAAGUUUAUGCACAAAUAACUUUGUUGCCAGAACCAAAUCAACCAGAGCCAACAACUCCUGAUCCAUGCCCUCCUGAGUCUCAAAGACCUACUGUCCACUCAUUCUGCAAGGUUUUAACUGCCUCAGAUACGAGCACCCAUGGAGGGUUUUCUGUUCUUCGCAAACAUGCCACUGAAUGCCUUCCUCCACUGGACAUGAACCAGGCAACACCAACCCAGGAAUUGGUUGCCAAGGAUCUUCAUGGUUACGAGUGGCGCUUUAAGCAUAUUUUCAGAGGCCAACCUAGGAGGCAUUUGCUCACAACAGGAUGGAGUACGUUUGUUACCUCAAAGAGAUUAGUUGCCGGUGAUUCCUUCGUGUUCCUGAGAGGGGAAAAUGAGGAGCUACGUGUUGGGGUGAGGUGUGUUUCUCGCCAACAGAGCAACAUGCCGUCGUCAGUGAUUUCAAGUCAGAGCAUGCACUUAGGAGUUCUUGCAACUGCAUCUCAUGCUGUUUCAACGCAAACCCUCUUUGUCGUCUACUAUAAGCCAAGGACAAGUCAGUUCAUUGUCGGGAUGAACAAAUAUUUACAGGCUCUUAACAGUGAUUUUACAGUUGGCAUGAGAUUUAAGAUGAGGUUUGAAGGGGAGGAUUCUCCUGAGAGAAGGUUUUCUGGCACAAUUGUUGGGGUUGAAGACUUUUCUCCUCGCUGGCAAGAUUCAAAAUGGCGAUCAUUGAAAGUACAAUGGGAUGAACCUGCCUCUUUUCCAAGACCUGACAGGGUUUCACCAUGGGAGAUAGAACCUUUUGCUGCUCCUGUUCCACCAACUCUGGCUCAACCAGUUGCAGCUAAGAACAAAAGGCCUCGACCACACGCUGAAAUUCCUGCCCAUGAUUUAUCUUCAACGGCAUCAGCUCCUUGGAAUCCUGGAGUUAUGCAUUCCCCUGAUCUAAUACGACAUAACAUUAAUGCUGAAGGAAAAAGAAAUGAAAGUCCUUCUAUGUGGUGUCACAUGCAGACAGAGAUGAACAGUAGUUGCAGCUCUGUCUCGAAGACUCGGAAUGAAGGUAGCUGGCUAUCUUCUCCUGGCAUGAGUGUUUCUCAGCCUCUGUUUCCUGCUGCAAGAGAGGAUAACAAAAGUGUAUCUGCUUGGCCUGUUCUUUCAGGGUUUUCAAACCCACAACCAAACAAUGAUUCAACUUUUGAUCCAAUUGAAAAGUUAAAGAAAUCUGAGACAGCUGCAAGUUGCAGAUUGUUUGGUAUUGAGUUGAUAAACCACUCUGGGAACUCAACUCCAUUGGAAAGGACACAUACACAACUUUCUACUAUGACUACUGGUACAUCCGAAAAACAUGGCCCAAGUACACUGUCAACCACUGAUUCUGACCUGAAGUCUGACAUUUCAAAAGAUUCUAAAGAGAAGAAGCAGGAGCAGUUACAGUUAUCAGCAAAAGAGAUCCAGAGCAGGCAAAGUUGUUCUAGCUCUACAAGAAGUCGUACAAAGGUUCAGAUGCAGGGGGUAGCUGUAGGUCGUGCUGUGGACUUGGCCAUGUUGGAAGGGUACGAUCAGCUUAUGGAUCAACUAGAGGAGAUGUUUAAUAUUAAGGGAGAGCUCUGCCCCAGGAGUAAGUGGGAGAUUGUCUACACUGAUGAUGAAGGGGAUAUGAUGCUCGUAGGUGAUGACCCAUGGCUGGAAUUCUGCAACAUGGUAAGAAGAAUAUUUAUCUGUUCAAGCCAGGAUGUGAAGAAGAUGAGUACAGGAGGCAAACUUCCAAUGGCUUCUAUUGAAGGUGAAGGGACUGUCAUAAGCUCAGACUCAGCUGAAAACUAAAAUGAGAACCUUUUAUUUUUCUUUUCCUGAUUUUUAGUACCUGUCGUUUGUUUAUUGCUGGUAGAAGCUUUUUGUGUUACUUUGGGCUCUGGAGGAUGUUAAAGUUGACGGACGCCAAUCACUAGCUCGUUUUUUAGAGCUAUCAUAGGAGACUAAAAGACAUCACCUGGGUUUGAAGAACCGAGAGAUCUUGAUGAAUUAGUUUGGGUUGGAGGUUAGGACUAGGAGAAUGUGAAUACUUUUGAUCUUUGUGGUUUGUUGG